GUUUACACUACUAAUUUUUUUAUAGUAACGCUGCAUCUCUUUGAUAAUAACAACCAAUCCAUUUUACACGCAUCAGUGUCAAGGCAGAAUAUUGAACCAUUCGGAAGAUGGAGCUUUGACGUUUAUAAGUUUGUCAAGGCAGAAUUUCAAACUUAGUUACUAGACUGCGCUACAAAUGCCCUUUCAUGUGGUUUAGCAAAGGUUUGUUUUGGGAUGUACUAGUUCUUUGUACUAGUUUUGGGUUAACGCAAAGUUGCAAGGUGGAGGUGGGCACAACGAUGGUGUGUGACGAAAAUGACAUGUCGUGUAGAAUUACUAUUUAUGAAUAGUUAUAAAAUAAAAUUAUAAAUAGAAAAAUGAAAAAUUUUCCAAAAACUUGACUAGGAAGGAGAGGUUAAUCAACUGUGAACAAGUGAUUUCAAAGAAGAAACAUAAAACCGCUAAUAAUUAGAAAAAAAACUAAAUAUAAUGGUUGAACUUAGUAUUCGAACCCUACACCUUUUCUAUCAAACUUAAUAGUAAACUACUAGGCUAACCACUAAGUUGCCAAAGUUUCUUGUCUUGUAUGCUAAAGUUUGUGGAAACUAUUAAGUGUGAUGAUGUUAGCAAAGGAUUAAAAAAAGUGAAAGCUAAUUGACUUUAUCGAACCAUGAACCUGUUUUUUAUUCUUUUAUUCUGGGCCGAAUGCCUAUUCUUACUUCGUUAGCCUUCAUUUUCGGACAACUUCUUUUAAAGAUCUUUCUUUGGGCUUCUUAUACCUAGUCAGCCCACAUUCCAUCUCGUGAGUGGUUGAGAAACGAUCAGAAGCUUCACUUCGAUCGUCUUCUUCCUUUUCGUAUUUCAAACUUCAGUUUUUUUUGCUCCACAUAAAUCCCCAAAAUCGCCUCAGUCGAAUAACAAGCAGUACAUAGCUCCUAUCUACUACUUCUUUUCAAUAUUCUUUUACCAGGUUGCUGAGGAGGUAAACAAUUAAUGCGAAUUGUAACAAAAUGGAUCUUGCUAGGUUGUACCUGAUGCAAACUAAGCAGGCGUGACUAUUUCCAUAAUAGCAUACAACAUGGUCCCUAUGAUUGAUUUUGAGGUUAUGGCAUAUCUAGUUUUAAAACAAAUAUGUGCGAUAAACAAAAUUCGCAGAACUUGACCCAGGAAGGUUUGACAUCAUCAGUGAUAGAACAUCGAGGCGCCGCCGUUGAUCUGUUGGUGACGGAACUUGGAAACGAGGCUAAUGGCGUCGGGGUCAUCAAACACCAUUUGUGUCAUCGUGGGAGGACUCUCUCCGGUGCGGAGGUCACCCUUUUUCUUUCGACAAAGCUCUCUGCAACUCGUUCGAGAAGCCAUAACGCCAAUCGCCAGAAAAAACGAGCAGAGGAGCAACCUUCCUUCUUCUUCUGGUUGCAAGGAUUCGAAAUCCCUUCCGCAAGGAGAGUCUAAGUUGUUGGUGAGCGAUGAAUUUGGGGCCGGCAAGGGAGAUUAGAAAGGGUAGGGAGAGGGGUAGCGGCGUCUAGCGGCGGAAGACGGAGGAACAGGGGAAGAGGAUAGGGUAUUAGGGUAGCACCGACACUAUUGAAAAGGAUAGGGUUCGAACGAAGCAUAAAAACAAAAAUGGAGAAGAGAGGGUCGGGAUUGGGGGAACGAAGUGCGGGUAGGGUUGGAUGGGGUAGGUACGGAGGUACGCUUUAUGUUUUGGGGUGGUUGAAUUUGGGGUCAAUCAAAAUAUUGAAAAAACCCAACCCAACUCAAACUACCCAACCCACGGACAUAGAGGACUAAAAUGAAAGAAAAACUAAUUCUAUGAGUCUUCCCGUAAUUUUAUUUAAUUAAAUCACUAAUAUAUAAAUCAAUUAACCAGAAAUAAUCUCAGCUGUCGAGAUCAUACUUACGGUCAAGAUCGCCAAGGUACGCCAUACCCCGGAUUUUACCUAGGGUAUCGUAGAACUCCCCAUAUAUAUAUAUAUAUCUAUAUAUAUAAACAUGAGGUGUUGUUACUGUUCACUAAGGAUGGUUAAUAAAUAAAAAUUAUAAUUAUAAUAAUGUUAUUAAAAUGGAAUCUUGAUUUAGGUUGAGUAUUUUCUGUUGCGGUCAUUUCAUGUUGUCUAAAAACGAUAAUGAGGUGUAUGCAUUUCUAUUUAAAUUUUGUGCACUUACAUCAUUCAGGUCGUCCGAUUCUCUUGGGUGAAAAACAUCUUUUGGUUGCUCAUUCAUGUAUUUUUGCGUUGUAUUUUUUUAUAUAAUAAUUGGGAUUCAUCCGGACCAUAUAAUAUCAUCAAAUAUUUAUUUAAAUACAUCAUCAACCUAAUAGUGCACAUAACAUUAUAAAAUAUUAAUUUAGCAUAUUAAGAUAAUUAUAAGAUUUAAAAUCCAAAUAUCAUGGUCCUGUCAUAAAAAGACUAAUAAUAGUUCACAAAAGUCUGAUCAUAACAAAAAUACAUGACUCAUAAUAGUUCGUAUUGCACUACAGGAAAACAGGUUUCUAAACACGGUAUCUUAUUCACGAUAAUUUUUCCCGUAUUAGAAAGUACAUUAAUAACCACGGGAAAAUUUCAUGUAUUUAGUUGUAUGUUUCUAAUCACGGGGAAUUAUUUAGUUUUAGUCUUCAUUUCCCGUGAUUAAUACUUAGUCACGGUAAUUCGUGUGAACUUUUAAGAAUUUAUUUAUAAAUUAUUUCUUUCAAUUUUAUGAGGGAUAAAUUCUUUUUGCUUAAGAUGUAUUUUGGUUCCAAAAUUUUCAUUUUUGGUUGAAUUGGCUCUAAAUUUUCAUUUGCUCCAGCGGCAACGUAACCGCCUCUUUUCUAAAAUUUGGGCCGCCAAGCGCAAAAGAGACUUUGGUUCCAAAUAUUCUUUGGUAUUUGGGUCCAAAAUUUUCAUUUUUGGUAGAAUUGGCUCCAAGUUUUUAUUUGCUCCAGCUAGGGAUGGCAAUUUCAACCUGACCUGAUUUACCCGACCUGUUUGACCUAUUUUGGGCAGGUCAAACCCGCCCCGUAGGCAUGGCGGGGCGGGCAUGGGUACCUCUCAUCGACCCGACCUGCCCUGACCCGCCCCAUUCUCGACCCGUUCUUGCCUAUAUUACAUAUAAUAUUAGUCAAAUUACUUAGAAUUUUCCUCUUAUUACAUUAUAUUUUAGCUAUAAUAAAGUUGUAAAUAAGUG